AUGCCCGCAGACCGCUCCUCAUUCAAGAUCGACUAUGAACGACACCCGCGCAGCUCGCUCAAGGAGUGGCUGAAGCAGCAUCCGGACAAUGAACGGCACCCGCGCAGUUCGCUCAAAGAGUGGCUAAAGCAGCAUCCGGACUACAAGGCCCCUCCGCCCCGACGGCCCCCUCCCAAGAACGCUCCACCUCCGCUCCUAUCCCCCGAAGAACUCGAAAUCUCUCUGUCUCAUUUCACCCCCGAGUUUCGCGCGCGGUGGUUGGCGGCGUGCGCGCGAAUGAAGCAGGCGAUGGAAGGCACUCUCCCGCCUGACGCGCCACCCGUCUACUACUCCAAGGUGUACAGCUACUUGCCCCCGCAGGCCGCCAUCCCGGAGAACACGCCGUACGAGAAGCAGCCCGUGCGCAUGACGCACAGCGGGAUGUGGAUGAAUCGCCUCUCGGACGAACUCAUGGACCUCGUCCUCGAGUUCAAGCACGGGAGCGUCGAGGCUGGGCUGAAGUGUGUGAAGGAUGGCCAGGCGCGCGUCGUCGAUGUGAUCGGGGGACGCCCCGAGCCGGACGAUCCAUCUGUCCAGGAAAUUGACCUCCCGGGCCAAAGCUACUUCGUUCGCCUCUGGACCGGACACAUGGAUUACAAUCGAACUGUUUGCUGGAACGUCGUGGAUCGCAAGACGGGCAAGGUCCUCCGGAAGCCGCGUUUUCUCAAGAUGUUCGCAACGGACGACAAAGAACUCUACCGCCACGAGAUCUUCUCGUUGGAGAGGAACCGUGGUGUUGAAAAACCUGCUGCGGAGACCUUUAUCGCGCACGACGGCGAGCGCGUCGAGUUUCACGUUCGCAAGAAGUUGGUGAAGACGAUCCGGCUUCCGCAGCGCGCAAGUGAGCAACUGCUUGUAGAGCAGAAGCCGCUGGAAGUGCUUUUCGAGCUUAGCCUUGAUUAG